AGAUAUAAAAUUCAACAAAAAUAAAAGUAUUAAAAAAUAUAAAAAUUUGAAUGAAAAUAGUGAGUGAAAUACAAAACAAAAAGUAACACUGGAAAUUUUUAAAUAAAAUUAAUUUAUUCCGCUCAGAAUAUAAACCGAAUGUCGAAAUAGUGAAAUACAAAACUAAAAGUAACACGGGGAAUUCGUAAAUAAAAUUAAUUUAUUCCGAUCAGAAUAUAAACUGAAUUCCGAAAACAUCAAUUAAGAGCAAAGCAAGUGUCGGCAAAUGCCAAAAGCCGAAAUGGAGAAGAAGAUGACCCCCGAAGAGGAGGCCCGCCAGAAGUGUAUCAUACGGGAACGUAAUCGCGAGCGGAAGCGCAUCCAGCGCUUGAAUCCCAAAUACCGGCGGCUGGAACAGGAGCGCGAUCGGAAGAGAAAGAAGGCGCAGAGGGCGAAGGAGGCCUUCCGGGAGCUCCAAAACCAACGUGACAAGAUGCGCAAAGACCGCAAGAAGGGGCUCCUGGUGACCGAUCCCUCACAGCUACCGCCCGAAUCCGCGGCCACACUACCGCCAGUGCCUGUUGUCGAGCCCGAGGUGGGUCUGCCGCCAACGUCCCAGGGCCAGCAACAGCAACAGUAGCCGCCACCCUCGCAUCUCCAGGAGCAGCAGCACCACCAGCUACCGCACCAGCGGGGCCGCAACAUGUAGCGGUCGUUCGCGCACGCCGCCUUGCCAACAGCACACGCAGGACGAUCAGACAGCGCCCGAUGUGAAUCCCGCCCAGCCACAGCAGCACCACUUCGCUACCCACCAGCAGCAGCAACAGCAACAGUACCACCAUCUCCAGCAGAAACAGCAGCACUGCAACACGUUCCAGCACAUGGCACCGCAGGCUCAUAUGCAGCACAUGCGAUCGGCGGCGCUGCCUCCGCCGCCACCGCCACUACCGCCACCAGACACGUCAGCAGCCACCGCCAGUCUUUAGUCCUUAAACUCAACGCUAGCUAGCCAAUCACAUUUCACACGUUCAUGUGCGCCUACAGUGGGUCUAAAAAGUGCCUACACACCAGAAAAAUGUUCAACGCAAUGCCCACUCGGAACCCACUGUUCUUAGAGUUGAGAUUAAAUAAUUUUGAUGAUUCCUAUUUCUUA